AUGCAAUGGCACUGGAAGAGCUCCUUCAGUGGACGGAUCCGGCGACUGUGUGUCCUGCUCGGGAGAUGCUGGGUCUGGAUCUGCCUCCGAGUGCUGUUGCUAGUGGCACCGUGGCGGUACUGCUGGGCUUGUGAGGACUUGGCUGUUCUGAGGCCCUAUUACCCAGAGAUGGACGUGGAACACGACGGUCUUCUACCAUUGCCCAUGUGCUUGAACAAGCUCCCAACCCGCAUUCCCUUUGUUGUCGUACCGCUGGUCCACCUGGCGCUGUGGUUCACGGACUUGCUGAUGAUUCCCCUGUACAUUGAGAAGAGGCCGGGCACUGUGGGACCAUGGCGCGUCAUUCGGCCCCUUCUCACAUCAUCGCGUUCGGUGCUGGAUGAAAGUCUUCAAGUUCAGCCAUGGCAGGCUGCAAAGGCGCUGGCCCGGUCGCAUGUGGAUAGCAUUUUACAGCGCACGAAAGCACCGGAGGCGGUGAAGUACCUUAUCAUUGGCUACUACUUGUUGCUCUGUGGCUUCUACUUCAACUUGGUCUUCAUGGCUUGGGUGUGGGUGACGGUCUUUGCCAUCGUGAAGUUUGUGACCUUCGUGGGCGUCCUUCGCACCAUCUUCGGGGUCUUUCUUGUGAUUUUCAUGGUGUCGGAUGCUUUCCCUGUAGCCCUGGUGAAAGGCUUCUCUCGUUUUGUGAUGAAGAGGCGGGCACCCCCCUCCAGCAUGACGGAGAUCCGCGCAUACCACGGGACGACAACCGAAAAUGCUAUUAGUAUUGGGCUGGAAGGAUUCCGCCCGUCCGCCGCCGGCAUGCUUGGACGCGGCGUUUAUGUUUCGCGGGACAUAAACAAGGUCUUGGCCUAUGGUGGCCACAAUGGCGUGAUCCUCGAGCUUCGGGUGGUUCUGGGUCGGGUCUGCAUUGUGGACCGCCAGGGCCACGAGAAUCAGCAGCAGUGGCAUGGCUCACACGACACCGCUUGGGUUCCCGCCAGGUGUGGCAUGGUGGGCUCUGGCUUAGAGGAGGGGUGCAUUGCCAAUCCAGAGUGCGUGAAGCUUGUCCGAGUCUGGCAGAAACGCCAUUCCCAUAUCACGGCCCUGAUGUUCUGCGAGCUUGUGAGGCUGGCCUUCGAUGCCUGCAGGAGGCUCGCGUAUUGUAUGCAUCUUUCCGAAGCACCGAGAGGGGGAGACUGCGAGCCAGAGCUGAAACAGCCGAAGCCACAGCCAGACCUCGAGCUCAUGAUGCCGAGCCUCCCGGCCUACCUGACGCCUGAAGGCCUGUCUCGGCCAGUGCUUCGAGGUGCACCGCGUGUAGCCCUGCACAACUCAGCGCUUGAUGACCGUUGGGCGGAUCACACGCAAGGUGCCGGCAACCAGCGCAGCAUUCGAUCGACACCGGGCUCUGCUCGCCGGGCCGUGACACUAGGUUUGGCAGCUGCACUGACUGCUUUCGUGGCAGUUGGCUGCGGACCUGCUGCGAGGGCAGCCGACUCAGAGGUGGACGUGUACUUCGGGGCAGGCAAUUUCUGGAGCACCCCACGCCAUGAGGCCAUCAAAGAAGCUUUGGAGCUGGGUCGCCGGGAGGGCGACAUCACGGCCUUGGCCGGCUAUGCCGGCGGGAAAAAGGCCGGAGAGCUCGAGCGACUUUGCUACAAUGGGCUCCUUGGUGCACCAGACCAUGUUUCUCUGGGUCAUGCCCAGGUCGUUCGCCACUCGGACUUUAUAAUCCUUUUUUUUUGGUUCAGGAGGCCCAGAAUUUCGGAGGAUUUCGGGAAUCGGGAGCUCUUGAGCCCCAAAGCCACAUCCCAAAGCUGA